CCGACAUAUGACGUAGAGGGACAAGAUGGCGGCGCCGAGGAGUUUUUCGUCGGGAGGCUCUGCAGGGAAUUCCUCCGUGUCUGAUUUCCUCACCAUGGACUGCGAUGUUCUGACCACGGAGGACUGUUCCGGUAGUGAUGAGGAGGAGGAAUCCUGUGUUGUGGAAUGUAACAUGCCUCCUGAGUUCAACACCUACUGGAAAACAGCUUUAGAGAAACCGUACAAUUUCAUUGCUUGGACUAAACUGGUAGCAUAUUCAGAACAUCAGAAAAACCUGGCGGCAUGUAGGAAAGCUUAUGAUGCAUUCCUCUCACGUUACCCUCUUUGUCACAUCUACUGGAAGAAGUAUGCCGACCUGGUGCAGCAUCUUGGCAAUGAACAAGAGGUGGAAAAGAUCUAUGACCGUGCUGUUCAGGCCAACCCGUUGAAUCUCACCUUGUGGAUCAACUACAUUCAAUACCUAAAGAGGACUUUGAACAUGACUCUGACAAAGUCUGUUGACAAGUUGCGAGGUGUGUUUAAGGAGGCUGUAAAGGCUGCUGGUAUGGAGUUUCAUUCAGAUGAGUUAUGGAACACAUACAUAGAAUUUGAGAUGCAGCAGAAGAACCUGAAAGAAGUUACUGUGCUGUUUGAUCGAGUGCUUACUAUCCCCACUCAGCAGUCUCAACCACAUUAUGAGAGAUUUAAGGCUUUUGUAUCCAUGUAUUCCCCAAAUGAAAUCUUGAACACAGAGGAAUGGAAUUGGAUACGCUCAAGAGUAGAGCUUGAAAGUGACAAUGAACAGAUUGCUGCUGAAGACUCCGAUGAUUGUAAGAGACCAGACGACGCAUUUGAUCAGCAGUUGGAGUCAAAGUUUCGGGUACAUAUACUCAAAAUUAGAGAACAGUUGCAUCUCCUUAAUGAAGCAGAAGUUAAAAAGCGUUGGACCUUUGAAGAGGGGAUCAAACGGCUUUAUUUCUACGCUGCACCAAUAAAUAUUAAGCAACUGCAAAACUGGAGGAAAUAUCUGCAGUUUGAGAUAUCUGAGGGUCAGCACGUACGCAUAGUAUUACUGUAUGAGCGCUGCCUGAUGACCUGUGCGCUCUAUGAGGAUUUCUGGCUGUCGUAUGCACGGUAUAUGGAGGACCAUUCUGUGGAGGCUGCCCGUUCUGUAUUUGAGAGAGCCUGUCGUAUCCACUUACCACUGAAAUAUAAUCUACAUCUUCAUUGGGCAGCAUUUGAGGAGAAGCAUGGAUGCUUGGACUCUGCCCGUGCCAUUUUGUGUCGCCUGGAAAAUGUAAUACCCGGCUUAGCCAUUGUUCGUUUGAGGCGUGUUGGUCUAGAGAGACGAAAUGGAAAUCUACAGGAGGCUGAAAGGUUGUUAAAGGAGGCUGUGGAGAUCAGUGCAGGCACAAAGUCGGCAGGGUUUUAUGCUGUGAAGCUUUCACGGCUAUUUCUAAAGUUCCACAGAGACACACACAAGGCAAAAACUGUACUAGAGGAAGCCCUUAAGAAGGAUCCGGAUAAUGCUCUAUUGCAUAUGUCUAUGCUGGAGGUUGAAAUGUCCAGAAAUUAUACUGAAGAUGCUCCUCUGGUUUGUGUGGAACAAGCAUUGAAAUGUAAUCUCUCCGAUGGGUCAAAGAAGAUCCUAUCUCAAAGACGACUUGAAUUUAUAGAAGACUUUGGCAAUAGCCUGACAAGUUGGAUCGAUGCCUACAAUGAACAUCAAACAUAUCUGAAGAGGAAAGAAGAUGAUGGGUGA